AUGUCCUCCACCCCAAUGGCGUCCCCGACGUCCACCUCCGUCGCACUCGCCGCCGCCGCCCUCCUCUCCGUCGCCUUCCUCUACACCCGCAAGGCCAAGCGCGGCGGUCCCUCUGUCGGCGCGCUGCCCCCCGGGCCCAAGCCCGUCCCCCUCAUCGGCAACAUAAGGGACCUAACGAUCAAGGAGCUCUGGCUGCCCGCGAUGCAGUGGUGCAAGCAGUACGGCGACGUGGUGUACCUCCAUCUCUUCGGCCAGGGCCUCGUCUUCCUCAACUCUCCCGAGGCGGCGUUCGACCUCCUCGAUAAAAGAGGAGCGAUCUACUCGGACAAGCCGAGUUUCGUCAUGGCGGGUGAACUAUGCGGCUGCAAGAACAUGGUAGCCUUCACCCCAUACUCCGCCCAAUCCCGCCGACAGCGUCGCCUGCUACACAAAGCCUUCGGCCUGCCCGUCAUACCCUCCUACCACCCGCUCAUCAUCCGGGAGACCACCGCCUUUCUACGGAGGGUGGUCGGCAGCCCGGGAGCGUACGGGAGGCAUUUGAGGCGGUACGCGGGUGGGCUGACGUUGAGUGUCGUUUAUGGGUAUGAGGCUGGUGGGGACGGCGUGGACGCCCCUGCGACUAUCGCCAGCGCGGAAGGGAAUGGCAAUGGGAAUGGGAAUGGACUCGGACCAGCGCCAGGCGGGGUAGGUGCCGGGUCAGGUCUGGCGAGCACGAGGACAGGCGAUCCCUUCCUUGACCUUGCGGAAGAGUGUGUCUCCCUCCUGUCCGAGAAGAUCGCCUCGGGCGGGGGCGUCUGGCCGGUGGACGUCUUCCCGGCGCUGAGGUACCUACCGGAGUGGGCCCCCGGCGCGGGCUUUUUGAAGGAUGCGAAGAGGUGGAAGAGACGCAUGGAGGAGUUUGUGGAGGGGCCGUUUGGGUGGGUUAGGAGGGGGAUGAAAGCGGGCAGCUACAAACCGUCGUUCUGCUCGAACCUUUUGGAGGAUCGGGCGUUGGAGGAUGCGGCGGCUAUUAGGGCCGGGGAGGGGGAGAAGGGUGGGGUGAUGCAAGGUGCAAUGCAAGGACGAGUGUGGCAGGAUGGGAGGGAGAAAGAGGAGAAAGAGGAGAGGGAGAGGGAGAAGGAGGAGUUCGAGUUUGACCUCAAGUGGGCGGCGAACUCGAUGUAUUCGGGGAGUAUCGAUACUACGAUAACGACCAUCUCGCACUUCCUGCUCGCCAUGCUCGCCCACCCCGGCGCCCAAUCGCGCGCGCAAGCCGAGAUUGACGCCGUCGUAGGUGGGGAGAGGCUCCCGGGCUUCGAGGAUAGGGAGAGGUUGCCGUAUGUGGAGGCGGUGUAUAGGGAGGUGUUGAGGUGGGGUGUGCCGGUGCCUUUGAAUCUGCCGCAUAGGUUGAUGGAGGAUGAUGUCGAGACGCUCUACCCCGAGCCUGACGCGUUUAAGCCCGAGCGAUUCCUCGCCGACUUGGAGGAUAAGCGCGCGGAGGGGGAGAAGACGGAGGAGGAAAGGGAGAUGGAGAGAAGGCGCGACCCGAAGCGGUAUGUGUUUGGGUUUGGGAGACGGCAGUGCCCCGGGAUGAACCUCGUUGACUCGUCCAUCUGGCUCGUGAUCGCGUGCAUGCUCGCCACGCUCGACGUGUCCAAGGCGGUGGACGAGCGGGGGAACGUGCAGGAGCCGGAGCGAUACCCCAAAUACGAAACACCAAAUACCACAGUUCAUCCGACUAGCAACACAUCCAACAUCCAAGAGAAAUUCAAGACCCAACUACUACUCUACGCACGCGCACGCUGCCUCGAAUUUGGUGGUGCUUAA